GUCAGAUUGAAACACCAAACUUCAGUCAUAUAAAUUGAUCAAUAAUAUCGCAAUUUUCAAGUUCUAACCGAUAUUGAAGGGCAAGAUAUGAACAUUUAAGCCCAUUUAAGAAAAGAGAAUCUAGUCAACGCUGGCUGUUUGUGUAUUAAACCACGUCAAAGCUCUCAUCUUUCUUUCUUCUCAGUUCCUUCCUUACACUCGAACUAAACCAUGGCAGCUGCUUUGGUGGGAGGUUCCUUUCUUUCUGCUUCUCUUCAGGUUCUCUUCGAUAGAAUGGCUUCUCGUGAGGUUCUUGAUUUCUUCAAAGGCCAAAAGUUCAAUGAUCAAUUGCUGCAAAAGUUAAAGGUUUUUAUGAUCUCUGUUAAUGGAGUUCUUGGUGAUGCUGAGGAGAAACAGCUUAGUAAGCCAGCUGUUAAAGAGUGGCUUGAUGAACUUAAACAUGCUGUCUACGAAGCUGAUGACUUGCUGGAUGAGAUUGCUUAUGACGCUCUGAGAUGGCAAUUGGAAGCUGAUGCUCAAACCAGCAAAGAUCGGGUGAUGGAUCUUUUCUCAUCUUUUAAUCCAUUUAAAAUCGGUGUGGAAGAGAAAUUGGGAGAGAUCUUAGAAAGACUUGAAUUUUUAGUAAAAGUGAAAGAUGCUCUUGGUUUAAAAGAGGGUUUAGGAGAAAAAUCAUCUUUAAGGAGAACUCCAACCACAUCUUUGGUAGAUGAACCUGAGAUUUAUGGUAGGGAUGAUGAUAAAGUAGAGAUUAUGAAUUUGUUGUUAUCUGAUGAUCCAUAUGGCAAUAAAUUAGGUGUGAUUCCUAUAGUGGGUAUGGGUGGGAUUGGUAAAACCACUCUGGCUCAGUUUCUUUACAGUGAUAUCAAAGUGAAGGAGUGGUUUGAUCCUAAAAUUUGGGUCUGUGUUUCUGAAGAAUUUGAUGUUUUUAGGGUAACGAAAGACAUUUUGAAGGAGGUUACUCCAGGGAGUCAUGAUGAGAAGACUCCCAAUCAGCUUCAGCUUGAAUUGCAGGAAACAUUGAAGGAGAAAAAAUUUCUGCUUGUUUUAGAUGAUGUUUGGAAUGAUCAGUAUACUGAUUGGGACAGAUUGAGGAAACCUUUGAAAGCCGGAGCCCGAGGGAGUAAGAUUGUUGUUACAACUCGUAAUGAAAAUGUAGCAUCGAUCAUGUGCACUGUUCCAGCUCGUUAUUUGAGGGCAUUAACAGAUGAUGAUUGCUGGUCUUUGUUCGAGAAACAUGCAUUUGAUGAAGGAAAUUUUGAUGCAUUUUCUGAUUUGGAAGUAAUUGGCAGAGAGAUAGUGAGGAAGUGCAACGGUUUGCCUCUUGCUGCAAAAACACUUGGGGGCUUAUUGCGUUCUAAAAAGGACGUCCAAGAAUGGAAGAAGAUAUUAAAAAGUGAUAUCUGGAAUUUGUCAAAUGAAGACAUUCUUCCAGCUUUAAGGUUGAGCUAUCAUUAUCUCCCUGCACAUCUAAAACGAUGUUUUGCUUACUGUGCAAUAAUUCCUAAGGUUGAAUUUGUGAAGGAGGAAUUAGUUCUUCUAUGGAUGGCAGAGGGUUUUCUCUCCCAACCCACAGAUGAUAUGGAAAUUGAAGAAAUGGGUGCUAUGUACUUCAAUGAUCUUGUAUCAAGGUCAUUUUUUCAUCAAUCAAAUUCAGGUUUCGCUAUGCAUGACCUCAUUAAUGACUUGGCCAGAUAUGUCUCCGGAGAAUUUUGCUUUAGAUUAGAAGAUGGCGGUUCAUUCAAAAUUACAAGGAAGGCUCGCCAUCUAUGCUUUGCAGCAAUAAAACAUGAAGCCAACAAGAGAUAUGAGAGCAUCUGUGAAGCCAAUUUUUUGCGGACCUUUCUACCUAAAGGGUUUAUGCAGAGAGUAUACCGGUCUGAAGAUCGUGUUGAUAACAAGGGAAUCUAUAAAUUAUUGCCCAAUCUCAAAAACCUACGAGCAUUAGCUCUAUUCCAUCAGGAUGAUGCAAUUGAGUUGCUUGAUUCUAUUGGCAGCUUUAAGCAUUUACGAUAUCUCGAUCUCCAUGGAGCCCCAGCCCAAAGAUUACCUGAGUGUGUGAGUAGCAUGUAUAAUUUACAAACUUUGAAUCUGCAGGGAUGCUUUGAUCUGAUCGAGUUACCAACAAAUAUGAGCCAGUUAGUCAACCUAUAUCAUCUUGAUGUGACAGGCACAAAGUUACAGGAGAUGCCAUCACAAAUGGAUAAAUUAACCAAGCUCCAUACUUUAACUGAUUUCAUUUUGGGAAAAUCUGAUGGGUCUAGGAUCAAAGAGUUGAAGGGGCUGCAGCAUCUAGGAAAACUCGGAAUUCAGAAUCUUCAGUAUGUCAAGGAUGCUCAAGAUGCAUCAGGAGCUAAUUUGAAGGACAAGAAGCACCUUAAGAUGUUGAGGCUGACAUGGGAUGGCAUUGCUGAUAAUUCACAGCAAGAAAAGCAAAUACUUGAGUCGUUGCAGCCUCAUACUAAUGUACAAAAUCUUGCUGUAUCUGGUUACAUGGGUACAAGGUUUCCAAAUUGGGUUGGAGACUCUUCUUUCUCAAAUAUGAUAUCCCUGAGCUUACAUGGAUGUAAGUACUGCUUUUCCUUGCCACCACUUGGGCAGUUAAUAUCUCUAAAAGAGCUCUGGAUUGCAGGUUUUGAUGGAAUUGUGGUUGUGGGUCAUGAGUUCUACAGUUGCAUGAAGAAGCCAUUUUGCUCCCUCGAAACUCUAUCCUUCUGUAAUAUGCCUCAAUGGCACGAGUGGAUUUCUUCUGAAGAUGGAGCAUUUCCUCUCCUCAAGAAGCUCUAUAUAUUAGAUUGUCCCAACCUGACAAAGGGAUUGCCCAGUCACCUUCCAUCAUUGAUAGAACUUGAUAUUUAUGGAUGUGACCAGCUUGUGGUAUCACUUCCAAGGUCUCCAAAUGUGUUCGUCACAUUAAAGGACAGUGCUCGUGAUAUGUUAUUGGAAAAAUCUAAUCUCACAAUUCAUAAUUUCCCCUCCCUGGAUUCUGUACAAGGUGUACUGGAGCAAAUGGGCUUUGUUUCCACUAGUUUGGAAGAAAUUUGUAUCACAGCCUGUUAUUUGCUCAAGUGCUUCCCAUUAGAGUUGUUUCCCAAAUUAAAUUCACUUCUUAUCCUUGAUUGUCCAAAUCUCGAAUCUCUUUGUGCAUCUGAGGCAGCUUAUAGGGUUCUCAAAUAUUUCAGUUCCUUGGCAAUCUAUACCUGCUCUAACCUAGUAUCUUUUCCUAAAGGAGGAUUAGAUGCCCCUAAUUUGACAUGCCUUACCUUAUUCAAUUGCUUGAAAUUGAAUUCCCUACCGGAAUUUAUGCAAUCCUUACUUCCCUCCCUCAUGGAAUUGAGUAUAUUUGGUUGUCCAGAAGUUGAGUCCUUUCCAGAAGGAGGUUUGCCCUCCAAAUUGCAGUCACUGUUUAUUGGCAGAUGCAAGAAGUUGAUUGAUGGCCGUUGGCAAUGGGAUUUGCAAAAGCUUCCCUCUCUUUCAGUCUUUUCCAUUAGUUUCUACAACAAUAUGGAAUCCUUCCCAGAGGAGACAUUGCUUCCCCUCUCCCUUACCCAUCUUACCAUCUCUUCUCUUGAAAAUCUCAAGUCUCUCAAUUACAAGGAGCUUCAACAUCUCACUUCUCUGACAGAAUUGGAUAUUCAUUCCUGUCCUAAGCUCCAAUCCAUGCCAGAGAAGGGUUUGCCCUCCAGAUUAGAAUUAAUUCGCAUUGAUGGAUGUCACCAACUCUUUACUGGCAGCAAGCUGUGGAAUUUACAAAUGCUUCAAUAUCUUACACAUUUUUCUAUCUGUGAUUGUGAAAAUGUAGAAUCAUUCCCUGAGGAGACGCUGCUGCCCUCCACUAUCACUUCUCUUGAGAUUCAGUUUCUUGAAAAUCUCAAGUCUUUGAACUACAAGGGGCUUCAACACCUUACCUUUCUUGCAGAAUUGAAGAUUUAUGACUGUCCUAACCUCCAUUCCUUGCCAGCAGAGGGGUUGCCCUCCUCCCUUUUUAUUCUAUGUAUCGGCAGAUGCCCUUUGCUUAUACAAAGGUGUCAGCAGGAGAAAGGAGAAGACUGGCACAAGAUUUCUCACGUCCCAGAGAUACAGAUUGAUCCAACAUGCUGAGAAGUUGGAUGGAGCAUAUCAGGAAUGUCAGCUUGCUGGGCAGUGAGAGUUGGCAAGAUUUGUGACUUGUUCUGGUCGAGUUUGAAGUGGCAAUCUUGUUUUAGAAUAAAUCAAUUAUUAGUAUGUUCCUAACAUGUAUUUGAACAUAAACGGUAUAUAUUGAUCUCUGAUCUCUCCUUUGCAUUUAUUUACUGUAGUAAUUAGAUAAUCAAAAUGCAAA